GAGCUCCCUCUAACCGACAAGCUGGUCGACCGCCAGCGCGAUGCCCUCUUCAACUACUCGGCCGCCAGCCAGGCCGAGACCAGCGCCCAGCGACCGUGGGCGCACGAUCCCACCUACUUCAAGACCGUCCGCAUCUCCCCCAUCGCGCUCGUCAAGAUGGUCAUGCACGCCCGCUCGGGCGGCUCCCUCGAGGUCAUGGGCAUCAUGCAGGGCUACGUGGACGGCACCGCCCUGGUAGUCACCGACGCCUUCCGGCUCCCCGUCGAGGGCACCGAGACGCGCGUCAACGCCCAGGGCGACGCCGACGAGUACCUGGUCGAGUACCUCUCGCUCUGCCGCGACGAGUCCCGCCAGGAGAACGUCAUCGGCUGGUACCACUCCCACCCGGGCUACGGCUGCUGGCUCUCGGGCAUCGACGUCGCCACCCAGCAGCUCCAGCAGCUCCAGGGCCCCAUGGUCGCCAUCGUCAUCGACCCGGACCGCACCGUAUCCGCCAACAAGGUCGACAUCGGCGCCUUCCGCACCUACCCGGACGGCUACACCCCGCCCCCCCAGACAAGCACGACUACUACUGCCGCCGCUUCUUCUUCUUCUUCGUCUCCCUCGUCGGCCGCCGGCCAGUCCGUCCCGCUCACCAAGGCAGACGACUUUGGCGCCCACGCGAGCAAGUACUACCCGCUCGCGGUCGAGCACUACAAGAGCACCCUCGACAGCAAGCUGCUCGAGCUGCUGUGGAACAAGUACUGGGUGCAGACGCUCGCCCAGAACCCGCUGCUGACCAACCGCGACUACGCCAGCAGCCAGAUGGGCGACGUCGCCCUGCGCGUCAAGGAGGCCGCCGUCGCCGUCUCGAGGGCCGGCAAGGGUGCCGCGGCCUCC